AAAACAGAUAUAUGCUGGUAUAACCAAAAUGGCACCACCAUCAUUACCAUUUACGUGUACUACAGCAGCAAAUCACAAGAAGCAGAUGAAGAAAUGACACGAAUCCCAGUGUAUUCUGCAUCGCGAGUAGUACGUAGGAAUUUUCUUGGAAUUCUAGGCCCUAGCAAUGGGUCAAUGUCUGCACGUUUCGCAGCCACACUUUCCGUGAAGGUUGAUGAAGAAUUUCAAUUCGCUUCUCAUAAUUCCUUGUCCAAUCAUCUUUCUCGUGCUUCAGCACAUCAUGCCAAUGCGAUCAAAGAUGGAUCUUCAGCCCGUAGCCUGCAUGUGCGCAACAGCAUCUUGACCCACUACUUGAAAAGCAAUCUCUUUAACAAUGCCUAUAAACUGUUCGAUGAAUUUCCCCACAGAGAUGUUCUAACGUGGACGACAGUUUUAUCAAGCUUAGCUCGUUCUGGGUUCUGCCAAGAAGCUAUGGGUAUCUUUGUGAGGGUGCUGAAAGAAGGAACCGUGAUUCCAAACAGAUUCACUUUGUUCAGUGUCUUGAAGUGCUGUUCCAGUGUUCGUGACGGGUUGAGAAAAGGAAAGGCUCUUCAUGGUUGGAUAGUCAUUCGUGGGGUGUAUUUGGAUAUUGCUUUGGAGAACGCUAUUCUUGAUUUCUAUGUGAAAUAUGAGGCAUUUGAUUGUGCAGAGCAGUUUUUCGAAUUGAUGGGCAUUAAAAAUGCAGCAUCCUGGAAUAUAAUGCUAGCCAGGUAUGUAACAAUGGGAGACAUGGAGAGAUGUGUAGAAUUUUUCUGGAAGAUGGAGUUGAAAGAUGUGUCAAGUUGGAAUACAAUAAUGAGUGGACUUUUGCUGCAUGGGUUUGAGAGGCUUGCAUUGGAGUUCCUCUAUGAAUUGUCAAAACAGCAACGACCAGGAUCUGCUUUUAACAAGCUUACAUUUUCAAUAUCACUGAAGUUGGUGUCUUCUUUGAUUAGUUUUAAACUAGGGAGACAGAUCCAUGGUAAAGUCAUAAGGGAUGGUAAGCUUCAUGAUGAUUCCUUGAGGACUUCACUUAUUGAUAUGUAUUGCAAAUGUAAGCAGAUGGACAAAGUAUCAGGAUUCUUUAAGAUUUGAGAGCCCAUUUUAAUAUUAAUACUGCCUCUGUAACUCUGUUUUCAUUUUCUUUCGCUUUUGCUUGUGCCACCAAUUUUUGAGAAUGUGAGGGGAGCCCAUUUUAAAACUCCUUUUGUUGAAGGAAAGUAAGCCUAAAGUUUCACUAAAAAUGGAAAUAAGAAUAAAGAACUUUUGGAGAAUAGACGAAAAGGAAGAACAUUUAGAGGAUGGAGUAUAAUAGUCGCCCAACUGAAAGUUUCCUGAGUUGUGCAUAAUCAGUAAUUCCCCCAGGUCAACGGUCAAAUUGAGAUAACAAGAUUCAUGGGUCUUCCUGAAAUAUAUAUAUAUAUAUAGGAAAAUUCUCAGGUCCAGCACCUCCCGGUCCGAACGCC